UCUUGACACUGACAUAAAUCAAUCGUGUUGCCCCAUGGAUAGCACUUCUUCAGUGUUAUAUUUGUGGUGUAUGGUGGUAUAUGUUUUGUAGUUUUCUGUGUGUCUUGGCGUAAUACUAGGGUUACUUGUUCUUCCCAAUUUUCAACUUUAAACAUUUCAAUUUUUUAGGAACUCGUGAUUUAAUUAGUAAUAGUUUAAUUGCUUGGAUUAUAUGCGAGAAUACGCGUAAAUAUGUGUGAGCCAGGCUUUCACCGGUGCUCGGAAUCGCGUUUAUACCCAACAAGAACUGCUGCUGAUGAAGAUGUCUAAACAAACCAAUCGCAAGAUUACUGUGAGCUUGACCACUACUAAGAGCAAGUCGCGGCCCAGCGUUUUUGAGCGACUCGGCACGAAGGCGUGCUCUGUAGUCGCGGUGGCUAAGGACUAUUGUCACCACUGGGCGCAGACGGGCAGUUGUCCGUACGGAAAGGGGUGCAAAUACGCAGUCACUCAUACCCUAACCAGCCCCUCUAAACAAAGGCAGGCAGCAGCCAAAGGAACAUCCGUAAUUGUCACAUCAGGCGGGUCAUCGAAACGAAGCGGUAGCACUAGCAGGUUAGUCUCGAAUACAGUUCAAGAGAUUUUGAAACCAGCCUUUUGUCUUACACUUGCAUGCCAUCCAAAAGAUAAGCUGCCUUUUCAUUACACAUUUUCAACUAUCCAAUUUUAGGAUUACCAUACCUGUAUUUAUAUAUUAGGGUGGCCCAACCUACGAGGGCAAACACAUUUUUGUCCGAAUUGAGAUACGCAUACCCUCUGAUUUUUUUUCAAGUUGACACUAAC